AAUGAAAAGGGGUACAAAGCAAGGGAAGGAGGGACGGAAGGAGAGAGGGAGGGAGAGAAAGUGAGAAUGUCGGAAGGAGGAAGCUGGUGAAGGUCAGUUUGAAGCUCAGCAUCUAUAAAGGGUCGCGGCCAUCCCGGACCACCGCAUCUCACCUGUGCUCUCUCCCCCAUCACACCUGAGCAGCGAAAGCAGAUGAAGACGACGGUGCUACUGCUGUUGGCGGGUGUGGUGCUCGCGGCGGCGGAAAAGAAAGAAGGGAAGUCUGAUGGAAGCAAAGCAAAUGCGAGGUUCCUUGGCUUUGGGGGACCUGACCUCCAUCCCCACCCCGGAGGACACCACGGGAUCAGUUCUGGACUGAACGUACAUCAUGAAGUGGGAUUCGGCGGCCACCAUGGAGGAGUCGGCGCACAUCACGGAGGAGGAAUCAGCUCUCAUCUUGGACUUGGUGGUGUGGGAGUCAGCAGUUCAUUCGGUUUAGGAGGAGUUGGCGUGCAUGGCCCCGUUUUGGGAGGACAUGGGCCAGGAGGACAUGGUUUGGGAGGCCAUGGGCUGGGAGGCAUUGGAUUAGGACAUGGGCUGGGAGGCAUUGGGUUCCCGUCGCCCGUGGCCCCGCCCAGUACGUGCCGCUACUGGUGCAAGACGCCCCAGGGACAGGCCUACUGCUGUGAGGACAGCAGCCAAGCCCCGAGCUUCGCUGGCGUGGUGAAGCCCGGCGUGUGCCCCCCAGUGCGCCCCGUCUGUCCCAACACUCGCAGCUUCCAGCCUCCUGCAACCUGCUCCAAUGAUGGCGGUUGCGGCGGCUACGACAAGUGCUGCUUCGACACCUGCCUGCAGGAACACGUGUGCAAACCACCGAUACAGUUCGGCUGAGUGAAUCUGCGCACAAACGCUGCACUCCUCUCCUUCCUGAGAUUCUCUUUGCUCUUCUUCGGGAGUGAGGCAGUUUGCCUCUACCCCUUGACAAAUAUUUAUUUUACAUUUCCAUUAGACAUUAAACGAUAUAAUUCUACUUUGAUUUUUUUUUUCCUUUCAUAACCUAUUUAUUACACAAACUGAUUUGCAUUGCAUAACCGUACCUAACUACAGGUUUAUCUGUCUGUUUCCAACUAUAUUCAUAUUUUCAAACCACUUAUUUAGCCGCGUCUCUCUUGACUGCGAACACGGCAGUGAUAACCCAAGCCUGUACGUGUCUCUUGUGACGCCACAAAGAACCACCACCAUCACCACCUGCAACAACAACAACAACAACAACAACAACAACAACAACAACAAACACAAGAAGAAGAAGAAGAAGAAGAAGAAGAAGAAGAAAAGUUGAUGCUGUCAGGAAGUACAACCUGAGGCGGACACCAAUGAAAUCUCGCCACACCAACACUGCACUGCCUUACACGUGCAGACUGAGGCCGAGAGAGUGGUUCGCUCAGGGUUUCGUCCAACAAAGGAAUGAUAAUAAGAUUCAUGAAGCUUUUUAAAGGUAUUUAUUAUUCCAAAAAAAUUGCUUUUAUUAAGCAAAUAAAAAAAUCACAAGAAAAUGUAAUAAAACUGUACUAAAUCAUCAAUCGAUGUCACUGCCUAGUCUCCAUUACCAACAUAGAGGUUUGGUGAAGAAAUAAUAUAACAAGUGAAAAUUCAUCGCGGAUCUUAGCGACCAAACACACCACCGAACCCGCCAUGUCCACCGUGCCCACCGUGCCCACCGUGCCCACCAAAUCCACCGGUUGUAGGUUUGCACACGUGCUCUUCAAGACAUCUGUCAAAGCAGCACUUGUUGUUGUAGCUGCAGUCGCUGUCGCUGGAGCAAGUGGUCGGGGGUCUGAAGACUCUGACAUUUGGACAUUGACCACGAAUUGGAGGGCAGCGUCCAGGAUUCACCACGGCGACAGGAGAGGCGGGGAUGGGGUCGUGUGUAUCUUUACAACAGUACACUUGAUUUUCAGGUGUUCGGCACCAGUGAAUACAAUCGGAACCACCGAACUGCAUGUAAGCUGGCACCACGCAGCCCACCAGCACGAGGAACGCUAUACGUAGUGACGCCAUCU